GAGAUCCCCUACAAUACAUACAUAUAACUCAUCUCAAAAGCACGUGCAAAGUGUUCAAUACAGCGAUACGUUACAAACUUCACAGUUGCGCUUCGUUUUAAACCUGUUUCAAGUGGAGUGUACCUCAUGAGUAUGUACAAAUAAACGUUUUUGUAAUAUAAAAUUCUUUUAAACAAAUACUCACCAUAAACAGAGGGUUGAAGUAUCAUAUACUGAAAAAGAAAUGUCUGAAAAGUUGCGAAGAUAUGAGAAAAUUGAUUUCUUGGGGGAAGGACAGUUUGCCACUGUUUAUAAAGCCAAAGAUAUCGAGACGGGCAAGAUUGUUGCUGUAAAAAAGAUUAAAGUUGGAAGUCGUGCGGAAGCUAAAGAUGGUAUAAAUAGGACAGCAUUAAGAGAAAUCAAAUUGUUACAAGAACUGAAACAUGAUAAUGUCAUUGGUUUAUUAGAUGUGUUUGGCUACAAAUCAAAUGUUUCUUUGGUGUUUGAUUUUAUGGAUACAGAUUUAGAGAUAAUAAUAAAAGAUAGUAAUAUAGUUCUAACAGCUGCAAAUAUCAAAGCAUAUAUGAUUCAAACUUUACAAGGCUUAGAUUAUCUCCAUCAUAAUUGGAUACUUCAUAGGGAUUUGAAACCAAAUAAUUUGCUUGUCGAUGCAGAAGGGGUUUUAAAAAUUGGUGAUUUUGGUUUGGCUAAAUUUUUUGGUUCACCAAAUAGAAUAAAUACACAUCAAGUAGUGACAAGAUGGUAUAGAGCACCUGAAUUGUUAUAUGGUGCAAGAUUAUAUGGAACUGGAAUUGAUAUGUGGGCAGUUGGUUGUAUAUUGGCAGAACUCCUAUUACGUGUUCCAUUUCUACCUGGAGAAUCUGAUUUGGAUCAGCUUACUAGAAUAUUUCAAACAUUAGGUACACCCACAGAAGAGACAUGGCCAGGAAUGACUGAACUACCAGAUUUUAUUCAGUUUAAGCCUUUUCCUGGAACUCCAUUAAAACAUAUAUUUACCGCUGCUGGCGACGAUCUCCUAGAUCUAAUUGCUAGUCUGUUAAAUGUAAAUCCUUUAGAAAGGUGUACAUGUGAUCAAGCUCUUCAGAUGCCAUAUUUUAGCAACAAACCAGCACCUACUCCUGGACCAAGGUUACCCCUUCCUACAUCCAUAAAACGUCAACCAGAGGAAAAACCUAGUCUGAAAAGAAAACUAUUAGAAUCGAUGGAUGGUGCUUCGCUUGCGAAAAGAUUACAGUUUUAAUUAUAACUUUAAUUAGAAUUAAUUAUGGAUUACUACAAAUAGUAAUUCAUUGUGAUUGUUUUUGUUAUCGAUUUUACAAUGAAUUAUCAGUGUAGUAUACAAUAUAAAAAAAUAUGCAAAAAUAGAAUGAUUUGUGUAAAUAUGUAAUGUAUAGAUUAAAAUUAUAAAAUGUA